UCAGGGUUUCUGGGAUUUUGAUAUGAAAUGCUUCAAAAAUAUGGGAGAAUGUGGGGGUUUUGUGAUGGUCAGUUGCCUGUGCUGGCCAUCACAGACCCAGAUAUGAUCAAAACUGUCCUGGUGAAAGAAUGCUACUCUGUCUUCACAAACCAGCAGAUGCUAGGUCCAGUGGGAUUUAUGAAAUCUGCCAUAUCUUUAUCUGAGGACGAAGAAUGGAAGAGUGUUCAAUCACUGCUGUCUCCAGCCUGCACCAGUAGGAAGCUCAAGGAGAUGUUCCCCAUCAUUGUUCAGUAUGGAGAUGUGUUGGUGAGGAACCUGAGGAAGGAGACAGAGAAAGACAAGCCUGUGGACUUGAAAAGUGUAUUUGGAGCCUACAGCAUGGAUGUCAUCACAAGCACGUCAUUUGGAGUGAAAGUCGACUCUCUCAACAACCCUCAGGAUCCUUUUGUGGAGCAGACCAAGAAACUGUUGAGAUUUAAUUUCCUUGAUCCAUUUUUUCUUUCAUUAAUUCUCCUCCCAUUCCUUACGCCCAUUUAUGAAUUACUCAGUAUCUCUCUGUUUCCAAAAAGUGUGACUGAGUUUUUCAUAAGAACCGUUCAGAGAAUGAAAGAAAGUCACCUCAAAGAUCCACAGAAGGUAAGCUUUGGUGGUGGGCACUUGAGCAUUUUUGCAAGUUCUUGAGCUGUUAACAAAUGACUCAUUCAGUUCUCUGUGUUGCUAUAACAGAGAGAUAAGGAAUCUAGGCUUUAGGACAGCAGAAUGCUAAUAUUUUGGGGGAGAAGGAGGAAAGACCAUAGGAUUUGUAGAGGAAAACAAAAAUGUGUCAUUGAGACAAUAUUGAAUCCUAGGCUGGAUGAUUGGUAUAUGUCUGCAUAUGUCAUUGAGAUGAAA